AUGACAAAUCCUUAUACUCUAUGCUGCAGAAAAUAUCCCCCGUGUAAUAAUGGAGAACUGGAAAAAGGCAAACCAGACAAUGCAGUGAGGUUGAAGGUAGAGAUGAAACAGAAUAUCACCAUGUUGAAUGGCAUCUCUUUGAUAGUGGGGAAGAUGAUAGGUUCUGGGAUAUCCAUGUCUCAAGGAGUUCUGAAGCACAGUGCCUCCUAUGGACUCUCCCUGAUUAUCUGGACUCUUGGAGGGAUUUUUUCAUUAUUUGGAGCUUUGUGUUACGCAGAACUGGGAACCACCAUCAUUAAGUCUGGAGCAAGCUACGCCUACAUAUUGGAAGCCUUUGGUGAUUUUGUAGGCUUUAUUAGACUGUGGUCAUCUUUACUCAUCAUUGAGCCAACAACACAGGCUGUCAUAGCCAUUACAUUUGCUAAUUAUAUGGUUCAGCCCCUUUUUGCACACUGCGAGCCUCCCUAUGCCGCCAUCAGAUGGAUUGCAGCUGCCUGCAUAUGCUCCUUAACAUUUAUUAAUUGCAUCAGUGUGAAGUGGGGUACCAAAGUACAAGAUGUUUUCACAUAUGCCAAGAUCUUGACCCUCAUUGUGGUCAUAUCUGUGGGUAUCUAUAAAAUUUGUAAAGGAGAAACAGACAAUUUUAAGGAUCCAUUUGAAGGUUCCACCAGUGAUCCAGGACUUAUGGCACUAGCUCUGUAUUCAGCUCUUUUUUCCUACUCUGGAUGGGAUACAUUGAAUUUUAUCACUGAGGAAAUGAAGAAUCCUGAAAGGUACUGUACCAAAAAUCACAUAAAAUUCCAAAAUGUAGAACUGUACAAAUGGUAG